AAGCAGAUUUCCCAAGCUUAUGAAGUACUGUCGGACCCAAAGAAGAGGGACCUGUAUGACAAAGGAGGCGAGCAGGCCAUCAAAGAGGGUGGCUCCGGUGGUGGCUUCGGGUCACCCAUGGAUAUAUUCGAUAUGUUCUUUGGCGGUGGUGGGAGGAUGCAGAGAGAGAGACGAGGCAAAAAUGUGGUCCAUCAGUUGUCAGUAAGUUUAGAAGAUAUGUACAAUGGUGCAACAAGGAAACUUGCACUGCAGAAGAAUGUUAUCUGUGACAAAUGUGAAGGUCGCGGUGGUAAGAAAGGUGCAGUAGAAUGCUGUCCUAAUUGCAGAGGAACAGGCAUGCAGAUCAGAAUUCACCAGAUUGGGCCAGGAAUGGUGCAACAAAUCCAGUCUGUGUGUAUGGAGUGUCAGGGGCAUGGGGAGCGUAUCAGCCCCAAGGACCGGUGUAAGAGCUGCACUGGCAGAAAAAUUGUUAGAGAGAAGAAGAUACUAGAAGUUCACAUUGACAAAGGAAUGAAGGAUGGUCAGAAAAUAACAUUCCAUGGUGAAGGGGACCAAGAGCCAGGACUAGAGCCAGGGGAUAUUAUUAUUGUCUUGGAUCAAAAAGACCACUCUGUAUUUACAAGACGAGAUGAAGACCUUCUAAUGUCUAUGGAUAUUCAACUGGUUGAAGCACUAUGUGGCUUUCAAAAGCCUAUUACAACGCUGGAUAAUAGAACUAUUAUUAUUACCUCCCAUCCUGGCCAGGUUGUCAAGCAUGGGGCUAUUAAGUGUGUGUUGAAUGAAGGUAUGCCAAUUUAUCGCAGACCGUAUGAAAAAGGACGUCUCAUCAUAGAGUUCAGGGUGAACUUCCCAGAGAACGGCUUCCUCUCCUCAGAUAAGCUGUCAUUACUUGAAAAACUGCUACCUACAAGGCAGGAAAUAGAAGAAACUGAGGAAAUGGAGCAAGUGGAUUUAGUGGACUUUGAUCCAUCUCAAAAAAGAAAACACCACUAUAAUGGAGAAGUCUAUGAAGAUGAUGAGCAUCACCCUAGAGGUGGUGUUCAAUGUCAGACAUCGUAAAUGGGCCAGUGAAUAACUUGUGAUGCUUGUUUUGUAUGCAUUAGUGGAUGAGUGAAGGACUACAAGCAGUUUGCCCUCACUUCUCGCUAUUUGUUGUUUUAUCCAGCCAUAGUUGUUUCUAAAAGCAUAAAUAAACUAAGUAAUUAAACUGACUUUGCAAUUUGUAUACAGCUCCAGGAUGCAAGCUCAAAUGAAGUUGAUUGCACUUCACCCCUGCCUCUUGGUCAAGAAAACUCUUACCUGCUUGUCUUUUAUUCCAAGCCUUGUAAUUCCUGUAUGUGUGCAAUUGCCCAGGCUUAAACUAAGAUUCUGUGGUGGUCUUUUUAGGAAUUCUAGAUCUUAUACUCUGUUUAAUAAAGUAUGCACAAGUACUUAUAAUUCAUGGUAAGAUAUAGUUAAGUUUUGUACCAGUUAGGAUAA